UAAUGGUUUGCAUCUCAGCCCACAGAAUUGACUAGAAGGCAAGGGCUGGAGGCGAACCACAAACCAUACAGUUCAAAGACAGACGACUUCUAACAUUCAACUAGACCCUAACAAGCUCUCUAGUGUGGAGUCGAUUACAGUGGAUGAUGUUGCGCUCCGUGCUCGCCAGUAAACUUCCACCGAUCUCUCGGCCCUCGCUCCGGGUUCUAGCGAGCCAGUACUCGGCUGCAGCGUCUGCAAUACCUGCGCCCAACACUCGGCCUGAAAUUCACUUCAACAAGAUCUUCAUCAACAACGAGUGGCACCAUGCAGUGAGCAAGAAAACCUUCCCUACCAUCAACCCCUCCACGGCAGAGGUGAUCUGCCAGGUGGCAGAGGGAGACAAGGCGGAUGUAGAUAAAGCAGUGAAGGCUGCAAAGGAGGCCUUUAGACUGGGAUCGCCAUGGAGACGGAUGGACUCCUCCCACCGAGGACUCCUGUUGAACCGAUUGGCUGACCUGAUUGAAAGAGAUUCCGCCUACCUGGCAGCUCUCGAGACCCUGGACAAUGGCAAGCCGUAUACAUUGUCGUACAGUGUCGACCUGUCCUUAGUGGUGAAGUGCUUACGGUACUACGCUGGCUGGGCUGACAAGAAUCAUGGAAAGACCAUUCCCAUCGACGGAGAGUAUUUUUGCUACACCCGUCACGAGCCAGUGGGUGUGUGCGGCCAGAUCAUUCCAUGGAACUUCCCGUUAUUUAUGCAGGCGAGUAAGCUUGGGCCGGCUCUGGCCACAGGCAACACCGUGGUGAUGAAGGUAGCUGAACAGACGCCUCUGACCGCUCUGUACGUGGCCAGCCUCAUCAAAGAGGCAGGGUUCCCUGAGGGGGUUGUGAACAUUAUUCCGGGGUAUGGCCACACAGCUGGCGCUGCCAUUUCCUCCCACAUGGACAUCGACAAGGUGGCCUUCACCGGGUCCACAGAGGUUGGUCAGCUGAUCCAGCAGGCAGCGAGCAGGAAUCUAAAGAAGGUGACCCUGGAGCUGGGGGGGAAGAGCCCCAACAUCAUCCUGUCAGACGCAAACUUGGAAGAUGCUGUGGAGCAGGCCCACUCCGCUGUGUUUUUCAACCAGGGCCAGGUGUGUAGCGCUGGUUCUCGUACCUACGUGCAGGAGGACGUCUACAAUGAGUUUGUGGAGCGCAGUGUGGAGAGAGCCAAGAAGAGGGUCGUGGGGGACCCGUUCAGCCUGCAGACAGAGCAGGGGCCACAGGUGGAUGAGUCCCAGUUCAAGAAGGUCCUGGGCUACAUCAGCGCUGGGAAGCGCGACGGGGCCAAGCUGAUGUGUGGCGGUGGAGUGGCGGCAGAUCGAGGAUACUUCAUCCAGCCCACCAUCUUCGGAGAGGUCAAAGACAACAUGACCAUCGCCAGGGAGGAGAUCUUCGGACCGGUGAUGCAGAUCCUGAAGUUUAAGACACUGGAGGAGGUGAUUGAACGAGGCAAUGACACGCAGUACGGGCUGGCUGCUGCCGUGUUCACGAGAGACAUUGACAAGGCACACUACAUCUCUGCAGCACUGCGCGCCGGCACUGUCUGGGUAAACUGUUACAAUGUGUGUGGUGUCCAGGCUCCAUUUGGUGGCUAUAAGGCAUCUGGGAAUGGGCGAGAGUUCGGAGAGUAUGGCCUGGAGGGCUACACUGAAGUGAAAACAGUGACAAUUAAAGUCCCCCAGAAGAACUCCUAAACCAACUGGAUCUUAAAA